GUGGGAUUAUAUACCAGACAUCUACAGGUAAAGGUUUAUUACCUGUCAUGUGCGCGAGCGUUUGCAAAGUGAAGUUUGUUUAUAGUGAACAGAGAUGAAUCUCCCUAUGGAUUCUAAAUCUACUGAAGGUCUCACAUCCAGCGGAAACUCGAGCGUAGACAAGUAUGGAUUUCAGUAUGCUGAGGAUUUUAACUAUGAAGCCUAUGAGGAAAUGAUGUCUGAGUAUUUCCCAGUGCUUGCAAGAAGAUCAGAAAAGUGGUCAAGGCUUUUAAAAGAGAACACUAAAGUGGAUAAGAAUCUGAAAGUUAAGAGGUAUGUGAGGAAAGGUGUCCCCAGUGAACACCGUACUCUGAUCUGGAUGGCUGCCAGUGGAGCUCAGCAGCAAUUGCAGAUGAACUGUGGUCAUUACAACUCUCUCCUGAAGGCUCACCAUGACCCCAAGCUAGAAGAGGCAAUACGCACUGACUUACAUCGAACUUUCCCAGACAACAUUCAGUUCCACGAAUCCUCCCAGCAUUGUUUACUGAAUGCUCUGUACAAUGUUCUUUUGGCAUACGGACACCACAACAAGGAUGUUGGAUACUGUCAGGGAAUGAACUUUAUCGCAGGAUACCUCCUUAUCAUAACAACAGAUGAAGAAAAGUCCUUCUGGUUAAUGGAUGCUUUGCUGGGAAGAAUCUUACCAGAUUACUAUACACCGGCCAUGCUGGGUCUAAAGACAGACCAGGAGGUUCUUGGAGAGCUUGUGAAGACUAAGAUGCCUGCAGUGUGGCAAGUCAUGGCUCGCCACAAUGUGACGUGGGGCCUGGUGGUCUCAAAGUGGUUUAUUUGCCUUUACAUUGAUGUCCUUCCCAUGGAGACAGUGCUCAGAAUAUGGGAUUCCCUGUUCUACGAAGGCUCUAAGAUCCUAUUCCGUGUGGCCCUCACACUGAUUAGUCAUAAUCAGAAACUAAUCCUGAAGGCGCAAAAUGUUUUAGACAUCUGUCAUGGUUUCAAACAGAUGACACACGGGGAAUUUGUGGAGAACUGUCAUGCAUUUAUGCAGAAUAUCUUUACGGAGCCUGGGAGUCUGUCCAUGGCAACAGUCACUAAACUCAGAGAAAUAUGUCGAGAGCGCAUGCAAGCACAGGAUUCUGCAUGAUAGAGGCAAUCACAGUAUUCUCUAUUCAUAGUAACAAUGUGAAUGUAGAUAGAACAUUGGACAGAAUUCAACAUGAGAAUUCUCACAGGUCAUUAAACUUUUUUCCUUCUUCUUCUUUUUAAAAUGAUAUGUUUGGUUUAAAAGGUUAUGUGAGAAUGAGAAUGAACAUUGAACUUUGUGCAAUGAACAAUUAUUACCACUGUGAUUUUAUACCUUUAUAUCCCAGUGGCUUAUGUAGGUAUCCCUAUUAUAUACAGUAAGUAUUGACUUGCUUAGGAUUAUAUGUCCUGAAUUAUAUGAUAGCAUACUGAAGAGGAAUAUAUAGUUUGCAAAUUAUUUACAAAUACAAAUUUGUAUGUAUACAAUAUAUAUGUUUACUAUUUUUAUUUGUGAUUGUCUAAACACUCACACAUCUGAAGCCUUAUUGUUGUGAAACCCCCGAGUUUUGUUUCUGGUGAAACGUCACACUAUUAGUUGAAAAAUGCCUGCCUACACACGAUAAAAAGGUCACAUCCUCACAAUAUAAAUAAACCUGUUCCUGGAUGCCCCCCGAAUCUGUCAGAGAGCAAAUCAAAACAAACAGCAUCAAGACUAACCUGCUAUCAAAAAAUGACUAUGGUCUAGAAAAUAAAAUAUAUAUAGUUAGAAAAAUAUUCCAAAGAUUGACCACACUACAGAGCACAAAUCACAGCAAACGUAAGUGAUCGAGGGAGGGCAUUAGUCAGAAAAGUCUUAACAGUCAUCAUGAUGCUACCACCAGCACCACCACAGCUCCAUAUGUGAAUACUGUUCUCAGCAUAAUGAGCAGUGUUCUUUUUCCACUAAAUGUUUCAUUUGUGCUCAAUGCAAUUGAUUUUAGGUCAAGAGAACAUUAUUCCUUUUUUUUUUUUAGUCUCCAGCAGAGUUUCUUGAAAAAUGUCACCUCACAACCCAGCUUUGUGGAAGGUCCUGUGUACUAUUUCCAUUCUAUUCUUACAGUUUUUAAUAAUGGAUUUAUUAUGAAGGAUGUUCAGCUUUUGGGACUUUCACAGAAACAUGGGUGAAUACUUAUGCAAACACAACUUACAUUUUCAAUUUGUAAAUACCUAUAUUGAGUCCUGCUUAAAUAUUGAGUUUUUUUGUUUGGAUUAUUGACCAUUAAGUUCAUUUCAGUGUACACACUGUAUAGGAUAAAGAAAUGUAAUUACACCAACCAUGUUUUUUCCCUUUUAUUUGUCAUUGCAUUAUAAAUGUACAUAUUUGCUACUGUUAUACAACACCUGAUACAUAUGGAUUGCAACAAAUCCUCCUCAUUCAAAACAUAUUAUUCCAAAGUAUUUCACACUAAGGCCAAGUUGCACAUAGAAACACCAGAAACACAUCAACAGGAGCAGACAACAUAUUCAUAUGAUCAGUGCACUGUAUGUAAGAGUUCAUUAUAUCGACACUCGCUCGUUCACUCACUCGCUCUCAAGCAUUAAAUGCAGCAUAGACUCCCAUGAAGAAUAAUGUUCACACAGAUCAUAUCAAAAAGUCACAUUCACCGUAGGAAACAUGUUUUCAUACUGUGAGUGGGACUUGGUGCAAUAUUAAUAUAUAAUAAAUGCUCAUUUAUCAGUUGAGUGGCCACUGAUUUCUUGCAUUCCAAAGCAUGCUGUAUGAGGGAAGCAGUCUUGAUGUUUAACACUAAAUGGUUUAGUUUGCUAAUCACAUUAGCUAUGUGUUGUGAUCAUUAGAAACUUGUUGCAGAUGAACUUUUUUCUUGUAAGUUUUAUAAAUAAUGAGUUUGG